GAACUGAAAAGAUUGAAGUUAAAUAUGUUGGGAAAACCAACCCGGGUACCAUCUUUGUGAUGAAUAAAAACAUUUCAACUCCUUACAGUUGUGCCAUGAUUUAAGUGAGUGGUACUGCAAGAAAUCCAUUCUGGCUCUUGUGGAUGGACAACCUUGGGACAUGUAUAAACCUUUGACCAAGUCCUGUGAAAUUAAGUUUCUUACUUUCAAAGAUCAUGAUCCGCAAGAAGUGAAUAAGGCCUAUUGGCGUUCUUGUGCCAUGAUAAUGGGCUGUGUAAUAGAAAGGGAAUUCAAAGAUGAGUAUAUGGUCAGCUUGGUCAGAGCCCCGGAAGUUCCUGUAAUUGCUGGUGCCUUCUGCUAUGAUGUAGUUUUGGAUAAGAAACUGGAUGAGUGGAUACCAACCAAAGAGAACCUAUGUUCCUUCACAAAAGAUGCAUAUACUUUAAUAUAUAAAGAUCUCCCAUUUGAAACUCUGGAAGUUGAAGCAAAAGUGGCAUUGGAAAUAUUUCAACACAACAAGUACAAAAUAGACUUCAUAGAAGAGAAGGCAUCUGAGAACCCUGAGAGAAUAAUCAAGCUGCACAGAAUUGGCGACUUCAUUGAUGUGAGUGAGGGCCCUCUUAUUCCAAGAACAAAAACUUGUUUCCAAUAUGAAGUGUCUGCAGUUCACAAUCUUCAGCACUCUCAGUCACCUCUUAUACGAAGAUUCCAGGGUCUGUCUUUACCCACUCACUUAAGAGUACAGUUUACAAUAUGGUCUAAAUUAUUGGAAAGAUCUCGGAAAAUGGUUACUGAAGAUCGAACUAAACCAACAGAGGGCAUUGCAUCUACCUAAUAACUUGCCAAAAUUUAAAUAUAUAUAAUAAAUUAAAAUAAAAGCUUUUAAUACA